AUUGCUUCAGCGUAGCCAUAUGUUGGCGCUUAUUAUACAUACCGAUACAAUUUUACCAGGAAUGUCUUGCCCUAUUUGCAUAUCCAGAAAGUGUGCUGAUUCCCCACACUGUUCUUGGGUAACGCGAACGGGGUUGUCUAUCUCAUCACCAUUCGAAUCUAACACCAUCGUUGGGUACAUACCACCAUAUUGAUUACCCUCCUUAUAUACAAUAUCUUCAAAUAAAUGUUGGUCCAGUUUAGUUACCAUAUCGCACCGUAAAAAUGUCAUCUAUAUACCGUUUUGUACCAAUGCUGUAUUGCUCAAUAAAUUCAAAUGGAUACAACGAUGUAGUCCCAGCGUGUGUAGCAGUUAAAUACUCAUCCACCAUUUCCUUCAAAAAAUCGAAUUCAUGCAUAAACGCAAAAAUAUUCGCUAGUUCGGGAGCUGGUGCCGUUCCCAUAAAGAUAUCAGAGGCUGGUGGUACAUGCCGUUCCCAAAUUGUACAAAUCCUUUAUCCAAAAUAAAAUUUAUCCAUUUACAGACCCGUUCCCAUCCAAUGUAAUUCGCUCGACCUCUGCUAGAUGUUACGUUGUUCGGGUUUCCCUUCGACCACUCGAUGUCUCUAACAAAUGGUGUCUUAUUGUCAGGCCCAAUACCCCAUCUCAACUUCAUCGACUUAAACCCAUGUCUCUCAGCUUGGUGUUCAAACGACAAUUUCAAAGCUUCCCUCAAUUUUUCCUUCAAUGGUACUACAGGGAUAUUAGGGUACAUACCAACGAAGUCAAAUGUUUGGAAGACAUGCGCAUCAAUACAUCCCUCCAUUUGUGCUCGAAUAUCGAUAUCCUGUGCUACUUCUAGAAGACUUUCCCCGCUAGAGGUAAUCCAACAUUCCUUGGCAGCAGUACCAACUUUUGCGCAUUCUUCACGCCAGAUCGUGUGUAAACAAGGCCGGAUACCAACCAGGACUGCGUUGACUACCUUAGCCACCCCUUCUGUUAUCGUACCACAACAAGCCGUAAUUCCACGUGUCGCUACCAACGGCUUAUUAUGUAGUUUCGCAGUGAGGUAUCGUGUGGGUUACUUCUCAGUGUUUUCAUACUGAGUGUCACCAUCCUCGUCUUUGUACUGCUGCUGUGGGAUGGGCAACUUUUCAUCUAGCAAAAACUUGUGUUGUCGGUCAAUUGUCGUCUGUUUCACCAGCUCCAACUCUCCGUGUACUGUAUAUCCCGGUCCUUCAAGUUCUGCUUUGGCUAACCUAAUAUAGCACGCCUUGCAAGUGAUACAGAUGCAGUUGGCCGCUUUGUCGACUCUCGUAAACACCACCUUCUUGUGCAAUUGUUGAAAAGAUGUCCUAGCUGCAGCGAAAUCUAUGUGGCCCGUAAGAGGCUUAGCAACUUCCCCCUUGUCCGCGUCAGUCACUGUUUGUUCUAUCGCGUCGUACAAAGUAUCCUCCCAGUCCUCAAUGUUAUCGCGUGGCACUUUGAGUUCAUGACAUAAAUCGCCAAUGUACGAUUCGAUGGCGUCUGUGAGCGAUUCAAAGAAAGAGAGGUCAUUCAAGGCUUCAGCAUAUUCUGCUCUAAAACCAGCUUGCAGGUUUAGCACAGCUGCAGCGUUGUCAUCCUGAAGACAUCCGGCAUCUGUGGUAAUCAAACAUUUGGAACCAUCCUUGGCAACAACCGUGUACUGACUCCAUUGGGGGUCUUUGCAAAUGCAUCUAUAUUUACCAUGAUUUACAUCUCUCGCUACGUUGGUGGUAUUGAACAUCAUACUAUCUAGGGUAUCACCAUACCUGAAACAAGGGAUAAUACGUUGUACAGCGUCACGGAAUGCACGGUUGUUGGGGGGGCAUGUACGCUAAAAUAUUUGCCCGCAUGAACAUCCCACGGAGCCCCAAGGAGUCUGCAACAGAACUAGUAAAACCAAUCACUACCAGUUGAGGUACCUUACAUUGUUUAACCAGCGGAGGGGGGAUAGUCGCGAGGUAUGCUUUGCGUAGUACCUGGAACGCUAAAUGCACAUCCUCUGUGAUACCCACCUGCCCUACAUACCUAACCAUGCGCAGCAUGUUUUUUGGUGCUAGCGCUUUGAUGUAGGCAUCGACUUUGUAAGGCUUGUACUGAAUUAGCUUGGCAAGGUACUGUAUUCGUCGUUUCCAGUCACGGGACCGGAACAACCUCGUCUGGCAACCCCCAUUUUUUGUAGUCUUGCGUGCUUCGUGUCUAGACCGUUUGAUCGGUCGCGUACCAAAACCAUGCGAAGGCAAACCUGGGCUAGGGGGCAUGCAAUUUCUCUCUUGGUAUUGUAACCAUUUCUGACAGUGUCCAUGCAUGCAAUCCAGGAAUUCUCCCUCUGCCGCCAGUGUAAUAGUGUGCCAGACCUAUGGCCUUCCGGCAAGUAACGGGGGAGUGUCUCGAGCUCGAAAACCGCAAACUUAGUCCAAUCGAGGUCAAGUGUCCUACCCAACCGGUCUCCGGUACCUAAAUGCCCCGCGAAUCUUGCAUACGGAUUAUUAUCGACCGUGCGUCCCACAUAUUUCAGACCAUUCGACAAGUUCACAAUAGCGUAUAUGGUGACUGUGUUCUUGCGGGGGAGUGGUCUCCCACUAUUGCUGUCUUCCCCGGAUGAGGUCCAUAUGGGGUAUGGCCUGCCACACCGUUGGGGUUCGUAUGCACCAACAGGGAUAUUCCCUUUGUCUUUUGCAGUGGCUAGCCAGGUGUCUCGUCUUAUCCAUAGCGGGUAGCAUUGUGGGUGGUUGCUUUCCGACGCCUGUUUCGAUCGCUCG